UGCUGCUCGAUCAUUACCCUGCCUAGCAUAGCAGAGAGCAGUCAGCCAGUCGUGUCUCUACCCGAGGCCGGAUGGUAAAAUCCAACCUCCAGCGGAUCCUAAACAGUCAUUGCUUUGCUCGCGAGAAAGAAGGAAAACAGCAGCCCCCUACUACCAUGGCGAAUUUAAGUAGCGGUAUCUGUGACAUGAUUGAGAACUUGUCCCUGCACUGUAGUAGUACCCGCGGCCCGGGGCCUCUGUGGUGCUCCGAUGCCCCUCUCCCACCCCUGAAGAUCCCAGGUGGGCGAGGGAAUGGCACACGGGAUCACGCUCCUUCGGCUCGGCCGCUCUACUCAGACCGAAAAUUAACAGUAACAGAAGAGCCUGCGGGGAAUGGGCGCCCGAGGAUAAUCCACUUCCAAAGCCGUCCCACAGCCACAAAGACGAUACAGUGGGAUGCUGUCCUGAGCAGCAGUGCACUCUAUGUGGAGAUUCCUCUUGACCCUCUUCCAGAAGGCAGCAAGGAGAGUUUUGCGGCCCUCUUGGAGUAUGCUGAAGAACAUCUGAAAGUAGUUAGUGUGUUUUUCUGCUUCUACAAGAACAGAGACGAUCGUGCUAAACUAGUGCGUACCUUCAGUUUCCUGGGCUUUGAGAUUGUGAAACCGGGCCAUGCCCUCGUCCCCCCUCGACCCGACGUUUUCUUCAUGGCCUAUAAUUUUGACAGGGACUCCUCGGACGACGAGUAGUCCUCCAGACACGUUCUCCACCCACCGAUAGUCUCCGUGCCGCCGUUAGCUUGCAGUUCCAGCUUUUAUUGACAUGCGUAGCUGUUUUGUGUUGAAUCCUGAGCUGUAGCUUUCUGUAUAAAAAGUACUCCUCCAUGGUUUGUGAUCAAGGGAAUAUGUGAGCUGCGUAUCUUUGGUUUCAAGCACUUAUAUAUGUACGUUUAUAGUAAUCUGGUCAUUAAAAAGGAGAUUUUCUUCUCAAAAUCCUUUAGUUUUCAUAGUCGAUUGAUUCAGUUUGAACUAGUUCAAUUUUAUUCCAUGACUGAUUUAUGACGUAGGAUUUUUGUUGUUGUUGAAUGUACAACAAAAAGUUCAUCAGGUUUACACUCGGGUACUUCAGUUGUCUUGUGGGAUUGGCUAAAUUUGUGUUAUUUAAAUUUCCUUUAAUAUUUUCUCUAGACUGAAUCACUAAUCGGUGGGACCAGCUUUCUUUUGUCUCAGUGAUACCCUUUGUAAUAAUUCCUCAGCCCCCAAUAAUUGGUACUUUUUUUUUUUUUUUUAGAUGGAUGGUGAAACACUUUAUUCUAGAUGUGGAUUAAAACACGUGAAAGCCCAAUGCAUGUGUCUGAAACAAUCCAGUAUAAAAUCAAAGAUCUAAUGAGUGAUGGAUGGUACUUGGUGAAAACAAAAGUGAAUAUACUCCAAAUAGCUUUCCCCCUCCCCGCCAUGUGUGUCAGACAUUAUUGUACUAUUUUGUUUUGAAGGUUGGAAAUAAAAUGCUGUGGUGUUACUGGAUUAGGUUCUCCCCUGGCAUUAGCAUUCCUUUUAACUCUUCUGUUCAUGAUGGUAUUGAAUAUCUCUUGCAUAGUGGUACCUGUUGUGCUUCUGUGAUAAUAAAACAAUGAAAACCUUU